AUGAAAGUCUACAUCUGCCUGAUCUUGAUGUUCUUGGGUAUCGCUGCAGGCAACCGAUGUACACUGAUACCUGGGAAACUGAGGCAGUUGGAUGCUGGACUCGGACAGGUUUAUGGGGUCAACGAUGACGAUAGCAUAUUCCGUUUCAGUGUGAAUGACUGGGUACAGGUUCCAGGAAAACUGAUGCAUGUGAGUGUUGGUCCAGCCGGUAUUUGGGGAGCAAACAGACAGUUUAAUAUCUUCAAGUUUCAGAAUGGCGACUGGGCGCGAAAAUCAGGAUUCCUUAGACAGGUGGACGCAGGGGGUAACACAUACCUGGGAGGUGUGAACAAGGAUGAUCUAGUGUAUUGCCUGAACCCGUAUUUCACCGGUUUUACGGGGGCGGAUAUCAGUUUUGAUCAGUUAGAUGGACACGUGAAGUAUUACAGCUGUGGUCUCUAUGGUUGCUGGGGUGUGACCGCUGCAAAUGACAUAUUUCAUCGUCUGAAAGUGGAAGCAAAUAAUUGCAGAGGCAAUGAAUGGAAACAGGUGGAAGGGGUCAUGUUUAUGGUGGAAGUUGGCACAGAUGGAUCAGUGUACGCAAUCAGCAACACUGGCAUUGUAUACAAAAGGUAAAUCAUUUAGUAGCAAUA